UGCGAUGACGGACACCGCCCCUGAUUACCGGGCUGACCUCCUUCAUAAUACUUAAGUUAAUUAAUUGACUCAUUAUCAAGAAACAUCAGAAUAACAAAUACGCGAACUCUCUGGCGCCACCUAGUGACGAAUAGCGACUGUAUUGUUGUUCUGCAGCAUUCCACCGAGAACGAUUCCCUGCUGCUGUCCACCAAAUAUACACACAUAUCACUUGUGGAGAUAAAGUUCAGUAUUGCUUAGUUUACUCUAACAAAACGAUGUAUUAUUAGAUUAGAGUGUAUCGGAGAAUUAGACAGACCAUUCGUUUAAUUGAGGUUUUAUUCCUCAUCAACACAAGACAAUACAAUUACAAAACGUUAUAAACAGAUACAAGGAGCAAGAACUAAGAUAAACGGGUUUUUAAUAAAUACAUCAAAUAAGAGUAUGCACUCAAACAUUGUAUUGCUAUUUUACAACAUAAGACGUAUAAAACGUAAUAAUAGAAAAUACACCAUGACUGACACAAACGCAUCAAAUAAGACUUGUGCACUAAAAACAUCUUGAUCAGAAUAAGAGUUUUCAUAUAUCGUCGAAUUUGACCACAAGGGUCCGCUGUUUUUCAUCUGACAAAGAGGCCGUGAUGAGAUCGAGCAGGAAGCGCAGCAUCCCGCAUCACACACGGAGAAAGAAUGCUGGCAACCAUGUCUAAAAACACACACACAGACACAUACGGCUAACGAGCUGGAAAAAGCGAUGUAGCUUUGAAGAUGCCAUCCUUUCUCGUCUCUCGUUUUCUCUUCUUUCUCUUUUUGUCCAACAUUAGAGGCAUAGCUGGUAAAUCCAUCCCUGACAGCGGAGCUCUCGGUGAGUAGAGAAUAAAGGACUCAGCGCGCGUUAGACUUGGGAGUGAGGUGCAGGUGAGAGUUCAGGUGUUUGACGGCGGUGAUCUUUCGCCCCUUCCCAACGCUGACAUCGCUGUUCACGGUAACCAGAGUGUGUUGGCACAGAGCAAAGCAGGCAGUGAUGGAGUGCAAGUUGUCAGCUUCCUGUACCGCACGGGAACCUGGGUAAUCAUCACUGCAUCUCAGAAGGAUUACCUCACCAGCUCUGUGCCAUGGCACGCCAGCCGUGUACCCUUGUAUGCCUCUGUCAGUCUUUACCUGAUGGCUCAGAAACCUGGCACGCUGAUCCUAUAUGAUGAUGUCAUCCAGGUGUUUCAUGGCUCCCCGAGUGGGCGGAGUCAGCCACGGUUGCAGGUUCCAAGGCGGAGUCUACAAUUUAACUCCUCCUACACCGAACUGACAGCCGUUUUAACAACAGCCAGACAGCAGCACGAUAUUAACUCGUUCCCUUACCCUAUCGCCCUGGAAACAAACAGCACUGGAGGGGAGAACGGCUGGACAGACCUUACACCAGUAGCAGCGGUCAGCGCGCAGCUGUUUGACAGCGGCGGUGGAGCGGUUGAGGUCAGCGAGCCCGUUCACAUCUCGGUUCCCCUGCCCUACGAUUCUCACAUCCGUUCUGCCACCAGCAUUCCUGUUUGGAUGUACGACAUCAGGACAGGAUUAUGGGUAAGAAAUGGAACUGGAUUCAUCACGCGAGAGGGAUCUCACCUGUCUCUGGACUUCACAGCCUCACAGCUCGGCUACUGGAUCGCUGCCUUUCGUUCUUCAGCAGGCUCAAGUUUGUCUCACCCGGGCUUCAGGGACAUCACAGCGUACCACACUUUCUUCCUACUCUCCAUCCUGGGAUCUCUCGCUCUGCUUGUAUUAGUUUUGCUCUGUGUUCUUCUUUACUACUGCAGACGAAGGUGUCUGAAACCCAGGCGUCAACAGAAACAGGUCCAGGCUCCAUCUGCUUUGAAUGGAUCCAAGCGGGACCAAGGCACCUCCAUGUCCCACUUGAACCUCAUCUGCGGCGGCCAUGCUGAAUCCUCCACGUCGAAUGGCAAUCUGGACGCCAACAAAUCCGAAGCAUCUCCCUCUCACGCCUUUAAGAGCGCCCGGGAUGAGUUCUCCAGACACAUCCCUGCCCAUAAACUCAGGCAUUCAAAGAGCAAGCAGUCCAAAGGUGGCCAAAAAGCAGCAGAGAGCUUCCCCAUGAAAGUCCACCGAUCCACUGAGACCAGUCUGGACAGCCCCGACAACAAAGAUCGCGAAUACCGCCGGAGGCACGUCGUCAACGAUAACCGUGGCUACACGUCUGACCCGCCGACGCCGCCCAUCGCAGACAAGCCGCCGGAAUAUUCGCAGGUCUUGCAGGGGCCCGAUCACCUCAACCGUCCCACGUCGCUAAACACGCAACCGGGUCAGAUCAUAUUCUGCAGCUCGCUGGAUCAGAUGAAGGAGAACAUGUAUCGUUCUAUGGUGCCAACUCUCGUGAUCCCUGCCCACUACAUGAGGCUGUCGUCCGAGUUCGGUGGCACCGACCAAAGUAAGGAUGGACAGAACCAGGCCGAAAGAGACGGCGGGAAUUCGCAGGGUACCAGCGGCGCUCAGAUCCAGGGUCACCAAAGUCAGACGCCCGGCCACGCAGAAGCCCAACAGUCUCCGGCAGGUUCAGAUGAUUGUGUUUGGCCUCCGGCUGGUACGCCAGCACCGGUGCACAUCCCCGUUCUGUUUAAUGACUCUACCAUCUCACAGAUGAACGGGGAGCUCCAAGCACUCACCGAGAAGAAGCUUUUGGAGCUCGGGGUGAAGCAGCACCCUCGCGCCUGGUUCAUAUCCCUCGACGGGCGAGACAACGCUCACGUGCGCCACUCAUACAUCGACGUCGGUGCCGAUCUCCACAGUGGCAACCACAGCGCCCAGAGCACGCUGAGCGCCCCCGCAAACAGCAGCAAAGAUCGCAGCGUGGACAAGGGUUCCAAAGACACCCAACACGACCGCAAGUCAUCAUCCGGGCGCAAGAGCAAAGAGGAACACCACGGAGGCGGACGCAAGGGUCACGGGAGCAGCAGCUCGGGCAAGCACUAUUCCAAACCUCUGUAUCACGACUCGCUGGAUUUAAGCGGAGGCGCCAGCCGUAUGGGUGCCAGCUCACCGCUUGAAAAUCCCCUCACCCCUCUUCUGGACGAGGGUCCCGAGGAGCACAUGAUGUCGUCGAUACCGCGAAGGGGCCGCAGCCGCGGUAACAGCUCACGUAGCAGCAACAGCGAAACGCAGCGUGACUCCGUCACCAGCCCGGAGGAUGACAACGACCCUGAUGAGAACAAAAAGAGUCCAUGGCAGCGAAUCGAGGAACGCCCGCUAAUGGUGUUUCAUCCCAAGAAGUGACCCAGAGAGAAUCAACCCCAGCAGAUGCCUUGACCAGUUACAGACAAACCAGAGAUGUGUUCCAAUUGAUUGAAGUUUGACAGAUAGUUUUUUCAGAACAUUAUUCAAAGUUCAGAACUUGUCACCGAUCAAUUUGAAUACAUCUCAGGGGGAGUCGCAUAUUAGGGGGCAUCUCAAAAGUUCAUUACAAAAAGGAUUAUGUUUCAUUGAAACAGGAAAGGACAUUAUGGAGAGUGUGUCAAAUAAAGCACAACACAAUAUGCUGAUCCACAAAUGAAGAUCGGUUUACAAAUGUCCACCUUUCCCUCUCAAUUGCUUGGGGAUUAUUAGAAACUUUUGGAAUGGAGUCUUUGCUGUUUUAUUUCUAUCAAGAACUUUCGGUUUUCCAGAACUUUGUUAAAGUUUUCAACGUAUGUCCUGAUGCAGAAUAUCCCCUUCCACAUUCUCUUUCCUUUGAUAUUCAUUAUUUUGAUGUCAGUUAUUUCUUUGUACUCUGAAACUAUACUUCAGAUUUCAAACAUUCCAAAUAAUUUUCUGUAGCCCUUAUCCUAAUAUUAACAUGACUUCAUGUUGAUGUUAAAAUGAUGUGAUUUUAUAACAGUUUCAGUUUUUAAGUAUUGUAUAAUAACUCUCGUCUUUUCUCCACACCACAUGCACUAUUUUUUUCUACAGUUUUAAAUUUCCAAUGAUGAGAUUACUCAAUUUAGGACUAAAUUUAGCAUGUGUUGUGGCAAAACUGCACAUUUAAAUAACAAAAGCUGAUUCCAAAUUUGCAUCUCUGUGUCUAACAGUAUAUAUUUGUAUCGUUACAUCUUUUACCACUACAUCGAGUUUGGAGUGUUUUUCUAUUGUUUAAUGGACGAAGAUCGUUUUGUCUAUAUGUAUGAUAGCAUUUACGCGCAUGAGGUAACUAGAAUAGGACGACAGAUUUUUUAUGCCCGCAAACCGAUCUAGACAUGAUUCAAGCAUGAUGAUGCAUUUCAUACUGAUGCCGAAUGGUGAGAAAGUUGCCAAAAUGUCAUUUUGAAAUGUGACUAAACACCAGUUUACAGGCCAGUGUUUGUCCGUCGUCAUUCUUCCAGCUGAUAGGAUUCACACAGGCAACGAGGAGAAGUUCACAGAAAUGUUCAAUAAAUGAAAUGUUAAUAAUUUACACCGUUUUCCGUGAUCAAAACAAGCACAAGACGUUGUACAGAUUUACAGGGUACCAAAUGAGGGCUGAUGUUAUUAAAAACACAUGACUAUCAAACUCAUGACUGAAAUAGAUCUUGUGGCGAUCAGGUACCAAACACAUGAGAUCAGUGAUAAAUGUGAUGACUGUCAGUUGCAACAUGUCUUGUAUAUGUGUGUUGCUUGUUUUGAAUGAAUUUUUACAUCUACAAUAUGGGAGGCAACAAGAUUAACAGAUGGAUAAUUCACAAAAACUGCUGUUUAUAAGCAAGACACUAGAAAUUCAGACUGAGCUGUGGAAUCAAAGAGAGGAUUUCAAUGUUAUGUAAUACUGUAUAUUGGGUUUUAAGGCCUCAAGAGAGCUCUCAAGCAGGCAAAAUGUAUAAAAUCGACCCACAAUUUCCGUCUUUUUAAUAUGUCGAGGUUUUCCCGAAUCAAAGCCAUUCUCUUGACAGCUUGUCAAUGUACGUUUUAUCACGUGACGUGGUGCUCUACAAACACAUUUUCCUCUGUACUGUGUAAAUAUUUCUCUCUUUAGCUCAAUAAGAAUAUGACAAACAACAUUAUGGAUGUUGCUUCCAUCGCACAUAAACUUUUGCAAUUUUAUAAUUUGUUCAUAUUGGGAAUAUGCUAAAUCACAUGAGACACGAACACUUAAAGGAAGCAGACGGUUUCAAUUCAAAAGUGUGCCAAAGUCAUGUGCUUUAAAAUAAAAAGAAAUUGCAAUUCUUGUGGGGUUUUUCUCUUGCUUCUGUUUUCAUAUAAAACACUAAUGAGCGUUCAGCAAUCAUGCAUUUUUCACACAUGGAUUAUCUUUAACAUGUUGUUGUUGUUUGUAUGCAGUGAUGAGAAGUGAUAUUGUUUACCUUCAGUACAGUGUGUUUUUGUCUGACAAACCUAUUCUGGUCCCAUGAUAACAGAACAGGCCAAGUGUAAAAAUGGCAUCAAUUCAAAGUGUUGUUUGAACGGAUCAAAUGUUUUUCAUCCAUUCUUCCAAAUGAAAAUAAACGUGUUUACAGAGUCA